AACUGAAAUCUCCAACGGAAGUCAAUUUCUGUUUCUAAAUAUUGAUGCAUUCUUAAUUGUACUGUUAGAGUAAUUAUCGUCUAGUAUUUAUGACUACAUAUUCCGCUUUUGUGAUUUUCUAAUAACAAAAAGCAAAUGGAUCUGAUCAAAGCAGUUGGGCAAACUUUUUGGUCGACCCAUGUUUGGCUACCUCCAAAUACUACUUGGGAGGACAUUGCUCCUGGUUCACGCCCGGAUGUGACACACGCUGAUUACAGGGACCUUAUAUGGCCCCUUCCAAUCGCAUUAAUGGUCAUGUUACUUCGAUACGUUAUAGAAAGAUUUUGGAUCAUGCCAAUUGGAAGAUCAUUGGGUAUCAAGUCAUCUCGAUCGAAAAAGGCGAUGAAUAUACCUGUUUUGGAAAAGGCAUACCAAAAAAGUAACCGAUUGAAUUAUAAACUGGUACCUUCAUUAAGAAAACAAACGGAUAUGUCUGAGCGUCAAAUUCAAAGAUGGUGGCGAUUAAGACGAGCACAAGAUAGGCCAACAACUAUUGUAAAAUUUAGUGAAAAUACUUGGCGAUGCAUUUAUUAUACAUAUAGCUUCAUUUUUGGAGUUAUCGUCCUAUGGGACAAACCUUGGUUUUGGGAUAUAAAACAUUGCUGGUAUGGAUAUCCUCAUCAGUCUAUUUCCAGCGAUAUAUGGUGGUAUUAUAUGAUAUCUAUGGCAUUUUAUUGGUCUCUAACUGUAACACAAUUUAUUGAUGUCAAGCGGAAGGAUUUUUGGCAAAUGUUUGUUCAUCAUAUGGUUACAUUGCUUCUUAUGUCUUUAAGCUGGGUUUGUAAUUUACAUCGUGUCGGUUCCUUAGUUCUUGUGGUACACGAUUGUGCCGACAUAUUUUUAGAGGCUGCGAAAUUGACAAAAUAUGCGAAAUAUCAAAAACUGUGUGAUUUUAUAUUUGCGAUAUUUACUGUUGUAUGGAUUGUAACUAGACUUGGAUUCUACCCACGCAUAAUUUAUAGCUCAUCUGUUGAGGCACCAAAUAUUCUACCAAUGUUCCCAGCAUACUAUAUAUUUAACUCUCUUUUGAUAGCGUUGCUGUUUCUUCAUAUAGUUUGGACAUACUUAAUUCUUCAGAUUGUUGUGGACUCUUUACAGAAAGGCCUGAUGUCUGGUGAUAUAAGAUCAAGCGACAGUGAAGAUGUUUCGGAUAGCUCUGAAAGCGCAACGAUUCUUACUAACGGAAAUCUUGAGAAGCCGAACAAAAGAGAAAAUGCGAAUACUGUAAAUCAUUCGCGCUAAUUAAAACUAAAGCAAACCACAUUUUAUGCACAGUUAUAUGUAUAUUAUGUAAAUAAAUAGCAUCAAAAGCUUGCUUAUUUUACCAAGCGAACCAAAAAUAUAAAGUAAGAAAAGUGAUCCUAGUAAAAUUUCACCAGGAGUAUUAUGAUUUAAACAUAUGUAUAAAUUGGCACUAUUGCUGUAACGUAUGUAUGUAUGUAAAUGUGAAAUCGAUUUGAUGUA